CCCCUUUCUUCUUCUGUACUCCUUCACUCCACUUUUCUCCGUCUCUUUCCAUGGAAAACUGCGAUGAAUACAAAAAUUACUGGGAAACCAAAUACUUCCUUGAAAAUGAAGAAUAUAGUUGGGCGAUGGAUGAGUUCUCCGGAUACUACGAUUCAAGUUCGCCGGAAGGAGCUGCCUCCCCUGCUGCCUCUAAGAACAUUGUUUCCGAGAGAAAUCGCCGUAGGAAGCUUAACGAACGGCUCUUCGCUCUCAGAGCAGUUGUCCCCAAUAUCAGCAAGAUGGAUAAGGCUUCCAUAAUCAAAGACGCAAUAGAUUACAUCCAGGAAUUGCAAGAACAGGAGAAGCGAGUUCAGGCUGAUAUAAUGGAGCUGGAAACCGGAAAAUUGAUGAAAAACCUAGCUAAUUACGACAAUUUCGAUCAGGACCUUCCGGUACUGCUUAGAUCGAAGAAGACGAAGUUCGACAACUUUUGCGAUCCCGCAGGAUCAAGAACCGCUCCGAUUGAAGUGCUUGAACUGACAGUCUCGCAAAUGGGAGAGAAGGCGUUGGUGGUGAGCAUAACGUGCAGCAAAAGGACCGACACGAUGGUGAAACUGUGCGAGGUAUUUGAAUAUUUGAAGCUCAAAAUCAUUACGGCCAAUAUCACGGUGGUGUCUGGGAAGCUUUUGAAAACGGUCAUUGUCGAGGCCGAAGGGAAGGAGAAAGAUGAUUUAAAGAUACGAAUAGAAGCGGCCAUUACAGCCCUGAAAGACCCGCUAAGUCCCAUAAGCAUUUAAUGGUGUCAUUUCUCGCGAGCACGGUAUCCUAAUUGCUCCUAUUAAAGAUACGAAUAGAAGCGGCCAUUUCAGCCAUGAACCACCCGCUAAGUCCCAUGAGCAUUUAUUGGUGUCAAUUCUCGCAAGCAUGGCGUCCUAGUUGCUCCUAUCUCUUUUACUUUGCCUCUUUUAGCUUGCCUUUAUGGCGUCUUAAUCUUUUAUCGUGGCGUCUUAAUCUACUAUGUUAGGCUUGGGCCCGUUUUUAGAAUAAUUAGAGUAACGUGCCCGCUUCUAUCCUUGUCUGCAUAUGCUGGCUAGUUUGUCCCUUUCACUUUCAGUGGAAUAAAAUGUCAGGCUUGCGUUGCUAUUUGAAUUUCAAUAAUGUUGUAUUGCUUUAACCCCAGAAUCUUCUGGGGUUAGGUUAAUGAUACUGGUGUCCUAUCCUGGUUCAGGAUCGAGGCUAUUCUUCUUUUUUUAAUCCGGGCUUUUGAAGGAGGGAUAUAUGAAAUAACAUACCUCCUUAUUCAUAGGGGACUGCUAACUUGAGUUGAAAAUUGAAAUCAAGCAAUGCUACUGAACAUUCCAAGCCUUGGAAUGAACCGUGAAACCACCAAUGUAGUUGAGGAUAAGAACCCAGCUGCAGAAACUAGUACUGCAGACUCUCAAGUUUUCGAGGUUGAGAAGCCACCUAACAAGGCUACAGCUCAGGCCGUGAAGAAGAAAGUCAGCUACGAGAAUGUUGCUUGUUGCAGGAAAACUGCUCAACGAUCGGUAAAGGGGCUUUAAUUU